GACUGGUCGGGCGGAGUGUUUGAGCUCUGAGCUCAACAUCACCGGAGCACACUCACUCUCUGCUUCUCUGAGUGUGAGGCGGUCUCUCUUUCUCUCUUUGUCUCUCUUUUUCUCUAUCUCUCUCUCUCUCUCUCUCAGUCUGGACUCUGAGGGAUCGGGAUUUUCUCACCAAAAGUACACAGACCUCAGAGCCACGGGCAUUCACUAUCCAAAAACGACGUGGGUUUGGAUUAUUACCGUCACUGAAAUGCGCUGAAGUUUAAUUUAUAUCGCAACUAUAAUGAAUCUCACACGGAGAAAUGCAUCGCACCGUUUGUAGUUUAUUUUAAGGACACAUCCUAAAACCAGUCGGGGUCUCGUUUUUGCUUUCAUGGUGAAUCGGUUUAUCAGGAUGAACUUGCAGUGGAGCAGUCCGGCACAAUGCAUCCGCACCGGGAGAGUCGCGCACAAGCGGCUGGACUCAGACGAUCAGCCGCCAGCCAAAUGCGCCAGGCUGAGCGCCGAGGCGGGGGACACACAGGGACUCCUCGCCACCUCUCCCGGCUCCCCGGUCAGUCCAGUCUCAAGCCCUGUCCCGGCGACCCACCAGGGGCCAUCCAGUAUAGGACCGUUUCUGCUUCUACCUCUGGCGGACCGGGAGAGCGUGCACAGCGCGAUGAACACCAACAGUGGCGAUGAGCUGCUGUGCAAGGUCUUUGAUAUGGGGGUGUACCAGGAAAAGAUCAGAGCCUACGGCAUCCUACCAGCCCACAGAAAUGUGGCCGGCAUAAGGGACAUCAUCCUUGGUGAAUGCAAAGCCUACGUGUUCCUGAACAAGGAUUUUGGGGACAUGCACACCCUAGUGAAGAGCUGCCGCAGGCUGGAUGAGGAGCAUGCCUGCAGCCUCUUCCGUCAGGUGGCUCUGGCUGUGGCACACUGCCACCAGGCUGGCAUCGUGCUGGGUGACCUUAAACUGCGAAAGUUUGUCUUCGCUGAUGAGAAAAGGACACAGGUGAGACUAGAAAGCCUCGAGGACUGUCGCGUCCUAGAAGACCCAAGCAACGACUCCAUGUCAGACACCCACGGCUGCCCCGCCUACGUCAGCCCAGAGAUCCUCAGCGGCUCUGCGCCUUACUCUGGCAAGAUGGCCGACAUGUGGAGCCUGGGGGUCAUGCUGUACACUAUGCUGGUUGGCCGCUACCCCUUCCACGACCCAGACCCGGCCACGCUGUUUUCCAAAAUCCGCAGAGGCCAGUGCUGUUUGCCAGAGGGCUUGUCGCCCAGGGCCAAGUGUCUGCUCCAGAGCCUGCUGAGGAAAGAACCCUGGGAGAGACUCACGGCGAAUGAGCUGCUCGCUCACCCGUGGUUCCACCAGCCGCCGUCGUCGCAGGAAGUGGCGCUGGGUGAACAGGAAGUGAGCUCGGCAGAACAGAUGGUGCCAUCCUUUGACGUGGAAGAGGAUGAUGAUCUGUUCUGCUGACGAACUUGAUUCAGCUGAGUCUGGCUGAGGGACCAAAACAGAGAUUGCUAUGAGGGAUCCAUUGUUGUUUUUUUUUUACAUUGGCACUUUUUAGAAACCCAUUUGUGUACUGUCGAGUGUACAUACACCCUCAAGCUUUCUACAAAAACUUACUGUACUGUAUUUUGUUGUCGUAUGUGUGUUACUUGCUAAGGGCAUUGUUCACAAUGAUCACGCAUUGUGUUUUUAUAUGUAUGUUUUUGAAAGUAUGUGGUGCUAAAAGAAAUCACAAGGACUCCAGAUUAUUUGCCAGAUUAUGUUAACAAAAUGAUCUCUAUCACAGAGAAGUAACCAAUGGCAAACAGUUGUCACCAAUGGUUGCUCUGAGCCCGGACUCACAAGGCUUCAGAAAGCAUUAGAUGAAUCCUGAACGGGAGGCGAGGAGACUUGAGGUUGUUCCUCUCUCGGACCACGCUGGAGGCUCCGCCGGCUGACUCACCGAUCCGGCUCAAAGAAGGCCAAGCACAAGCUUAACGUCUCGCAGCAGGCAGUGUCGUAGAGUGAGAAAGAUGCUUAGCAGGGGACUGAUUGUCACACUCAGCAGGGGACGCUACCAAGGUGUCUCACUGCCAAUGCUACAUGCUUUGCUCUCCAUUCGUUUAAGCAAAUGGAGAGCAUUUACAAAUCUCACACCAUGCACAGAAGGUUGAGAAAGGCGGGGUGUUACUGUGUAAAACUCACAGAAAAGUGUGGAUAGUUUGUCUCACACACACACACACACACAAACAAACACAAACACAAACACAAACACACACACACACACACACACACACACACACACACACACACACACACACACACACACACACACACACACACACAAAUAAGCAGUGGCACUGGCCUAAGUUUUUGUAAAUGGCUAACGGAGAAAGAAAGGAGUCUCAGUAACUUUCUUAUUUGUAACAGUUAAAACUAAAGCAUUUAACCUUUUAAAAAACAUGCUCAAACCUGAAUAUAUCAUGAAAAAAGGUUGACUAUGAUCUACAUUAUCUGUCCGGCUCUUCUGAAACGCUGUGUGUGCAAUUAGCCAAAGCUAAACCUAACACUAAUGCUUCUGGUUUAAAAUGAAAUGCUGAAAGGAACUCUGGUUUUAAAGACUUGGUCACAUGCCUUUGCAGUAACUGAGAUGGUUGGAUAAAUCAUACGCAUAAAGGCAUGCUACAGUAGGAUUUUAGUGGAAAAAAUAAAAAAUACACAAAUAGAAAUCAAAUGGUACUUCCUCCUGACGCAAUAUGAGCAGAGUUAUCACUCAAUCCAACGAUAUUUGUAAUUUUUAAGAAAUGUGUCAAAUAUCCAGUUAAGGAACCAUCAAGUCAGAAAGAAAACUUGUUACAGAAAAAUGAAUUUUUUCCAGUGGAACCAGUUAUGUUCAUUUCUGUUGGAAAAUGUUGUCAAGCUGCGUUUCUUUGACAAAGCUGAGCUGUGUCGAGUGCUGUGCCCGUAUCACUGCGUUUCAUAAACUGAAUGGCUCUGAAUCAGUCGCAGUCAGGCGAUAUUUGAUGUUGGUUGUCUGAUGAUGACUCAUCACUUGAGCGCGUCUGUAGAGAAUGGUCCUGACCUUGGCUGGAAGAAUCUGUCCUGACUGUUUCACCUCUUUAAAUGGUACUUUUUUUCCCCUUCCUUUUAUUUUUUGCCAUUAAAAGCUGUGGAGCCAUGGAGACUAGUCUUCAUAGUUAGUGACAAGAUGUACCACGCUCUAAAAUAGGUUUUAUCUUGGACUGUGACAGGCGGACGCAGCACUAGUGUGGAUUAUCCUUACAGGCUACUGAAGAUCUGCAGCCAGCUAUUUCAUUGUGGCACAAUCAUUUUGACGAUGGUACUAAAUCUGCCAUAUCUGAGAAACACUGUGCAUUAAAUAUUUGGGUCAAGCAUUUGACUAAUAAAACCUCUAUUCCAGUUCUUGAAUUAUUUUUCUCUCAUCUGCUCGAGAGAUGGGAACAGACCUGUGACAAUCUGAAUUGUUCCUCACAGAAAAGUAAUUUAAAAAGAUUUAUGAUUUUACAUGUAGUGAGUCACACAUUCAAGUGACACGUAGAGUAAACUGACACGGGUGCAGAAACUUCAUAUUGCACUGUGAAUUACAUAUUUGUGACACAACCUAGAGGCUGUUACUGGUCCAGACAGGUUACACAUGAGAUAUAUUCAUUGUACAAAAGAUGUAAAUAUGUAUAUUUGAAAUAUGUGUGGAGAUGUUGAAUAAAGAUCACAUUUUUUCAUAUUCA